AUGCAGAAUAUAACAGACGAAGAAAUCCUCGACGUGCACACUUUAAGCACGAUUUAUAACGCGCAAUUCCCACUGACACAACUGGUUUCAACCCGGGACUCCUCGUCCCCUGCGCGCAAAAAUCCACCAAGACCACCGAACUGCUUUUUCCUGUUGAAGAAUGCAAUUAUGCUCGCCCUCCGAGAGAGAGGCAAGCGCUUCACGAUGCCUUCCAUCUGCAAAUUGGCAUCGCAAAUCUGGGAGUCAGCACCUCCCUUCGUAAGAUCGCGAUAUACCGAACUUAGUCGGGAGGCACUUGUCCUUCACAACCUUCAUUAUCCUAAUUAUCGUUUCCGGCCCCAAAAAAGAACUAUUUUCAAAUCGUGGGUGCCGCGUAAUAAUAAAAUGAAGGAAUUGCGUAAGCAGGAAAAGCCAUCUCAUUCUCCUUAUCCGUCCCCCCCAAUUUCUCCGUCGCCUUAUUCUCCGUCGACCUAUUAUCUACCAUCACACCCAUAUGCAAUAAUUCCAUACCACCCUCUUUCCCCUGUUGUUCCUACAGAAGAAUACGAGGGUAAUAACAGUAUGUAG